CAGCGCCGCCGGCCCCGCCGCGCGGUGGCUGCUGGGUGCCGCAAGCCUUCCCUUCCCUCGCCUCUCGUUUCCCCCCUCCCAUCCCGUUUCCUCGCCCGCUCCGCUCCCUGGCGUGACUCGGCACUGAGAGCCCCGGGAGAAGACGCCACGGUCGCCACCUCCUGUGUCCAGGCCUCGGCCUUCCUGAGUCUACCCCCGUCCCCUCCCGGGUCGUCUUCUCCUUCAGUUUUGAAACCGGUGGCGUCGCGGCCACCCUGCCAGGCUCUCUGAGAAUGGUAGGUGUAAAGCCGGUCGGGAGUGACCCGGAUUUCCAGCCGGAGCUGAGCGGCGCGGGCUCCAGACUCGCUGUGGUCAAGUUCACCAUGCGAGGGUGUGGACCAUGUUUAAGGAUUGCCCCAGCAUUCAGUUCUAUGAGUAAUAAGUAUCCACAAGCAGUUUUCUUGGAAGUAGAUGUGCAUCAGUGUCAGGGAACUGCUGCCACCAACAACAUAUCAGCGACACCUACAUUUUUGUUUUUCCGAAACAAAGUGAGAAUUGAUCAGUAUCAAGGAGCAGAUGCCGUGGGAUUAGAAGAAAAAAUCAAGCAGCACUUAGAAAACGACCCUGGAAGCAAUGAGGACACAGAUAUUCCAAAAGGCUAUAUGGAUUUAAUGCCUUUUAUUAACAAAGCUGGCUGUGAAUGUCUUAAUGAAAGUGACGAGCAUGGAUUUGACAACUGUUUACGAAAAGACAUGACCUUCCUGGAAUCUGAUUGUGAUGAACAGCUACUUAUUACUGUGGCAUUCAAUCAGCCUGUUAAGCUUUACUCAAUGAAAUUUCAAGGCCCAGAUAAUGGUCAGGGUCCUAAAUAUGUAAAAAUUUUUAUCAAUCUACCCCGAUCUAUGGAUUUUGAAGAGGCAGAAAGAAGCGAACCAACUCAAGCUCUGGAACUAACAGAGGAUGAUAUUAAAGAAGAUGGUAUUGUUCCACUUCGUUAUGUUAAGUUUCAGAAUGUUAACAGUGUAACUAUAUUUGUUCAGUCCAAUCAAGGUGAAGAAGAAACAACAAGAAUUUCAUAUUUUACUUUUAUUGGGACUCCAGUCCAGGCAACAAAUAUGAAUGACUUCAAACGAAGAAUACACAUUGGCAAGUUGAGAGUUAUCAACCUGUGAAACAGUAGUUGGCAAAAAAGGAGAAAGCCACUGAGGUACAAAAGACACUGGAAGACCGUAUUGCAGUCAGAUCUACAGCUCCUGGAUAAUUGCUUGAUUCUCGCCAGAGACUUUUCAAUAUUUCAUUCAUUGCCAUUACCAAUAAAUCAUUGCUUUUGUUCAGAUGGUAUCACUAGUGUUUCUAUUGUAAUCUUGAUACAUGCAGUUGUAAAUAAAAGUAACUACUUUUGCCAAGCUUAAUUUUUGUCAUUCUAAAGUAAGUGUUUUCCCUUUAUAUAUAUUUGAAAAUUGGCCACCUUCUGAUUAUAGUAGACUUAAGUAUCUGGUCAUAUAUUGAUCAAAAGCCAGUUUCUCUCUUUAGAGGAGAACUAUUCUGGGGAAUUAAGGAGUGCAUGCGCGUUCCUGUGCACACACACAAAGCAAGUAGUUUUGUUAAGUGGUCUUGGAACGGAUCCAUGUUCAGAUGAGUACAACUCGUGUGUUUGUUAGACAGCAUUUGGGUAUCUGGGCUGUAUAAAUUACUCAAAUUAUAAAUGAUCAGAAAUAAGUUUAUUAAGAUUUAACUGUUCUCACCUAAAAUUGUUAGUUAAUGGGACCACCAAUUUUAAACCCUUCUGGAUUCAGCUAUUUUCUGUACUAAUAAAGGUAUGUUGAAAUCCGACAGGGAAAAACAUAGUGCUCAGAAUUCCUGAAGCAAUAGGAAUUGUUAUCUUUCAAUCAAGUGUUUAUUAUUUUAAUUACCAGAAGAUACAGUGUAAAUAUACAGAGAACAUGAUUUAAUGUUGAAAAUGAAUUGGCCAAAUGUGUUUUAGAGAUCUUUCAUAAAAGGCUGGCAAAACAAAGCAUCUGUUCUUUAUUUUUUAAAUCUUAAAACUGUAAUCUAGAAAGUAUUGAUGAAUUUGAUUUUUUAAUUUUUCUAUUUUUAAAAUUAAUUUUAAAUUUCAGUGUUUUAAAAAUUCAGUGUUUGACAAGAUAACAUAAGACUUAAUUUUGAUUCAGUUAAUUAAAUAAUAAAUUUGAGGGCAUAUUUGUCUAGGACUAUAGUCAAGAUACUAAUUAGCCUUUGAGACACCAACGUAUUUAUACAUGUUUCUGAAAAAAAUCAUGCACAGUUUUUGUGUUAAAAUAGUCACUUUCUGAAACCCCCUGUGUCAUUACAUAAUGUUUAGUUCCUUUGUAUGUAAGCAUAUUAACUGGUCUAUGGUGAUGUCUGUGUAUCUUAUGUAUUUCAUGGUUAUGUUGCCUUGGGUCAAGUGGAAGCAGAAGGUCAAGAAAUAAAAUAAAAGUUUAUAACACUCCUUAA